CUCGAGCAAAGCAUAUGAGCCCGACUUUCCUUCCAUCCGCUGCCGCAACCCAGGUCAACCACUCGUGUCUGGUACUUUCACUGGCCCAACCCGACCCGUUUCAUGGGUUUCAGCCUGGACUUUACUACGGCGAAGAUCAUUCUAUAAGUCAGAAAUGUGCUUUCCUCAGCAUGUUCAAGCCGCAAACAGUCGAUGCAUUCGCGUCACGUGACACAACAGUCCGGUUGUUCUUGUGGAAAGAAAAGGGAGUCUUUAGUGGAGGAUUGCUCUAGCAGCAUCCAGAAAAUUCUCAGAUGCGACAAGAAGUUCGAAUCAGGAAGCAUUUAAAAGGAUGUAUUGCCCGAGGCCAAGAUUACUACUUUCCGUCACAGGAACCAUGCACAAUCCUCCACGGAUAUCAAUUAUGGCGACCUCUUCUUCGAUUAAUGGACAGAGGAGCCCGGAGAUUCUAUUCAAAGUGCUGGGGGCAGGCUCGCAUCUUCCUUCAGAUAUUACAUCCCAUCGCGUACCUUGCACGAAAUUGGUCUCUUGUCAUCUUGUAAAAUAAGUCACCAAGAUAAAUUCCGUCCCCAG